AUGGCAUCAGAUCAAUUAGGUAGUGAAAAUGAAGGUUAUGAAAAUUUCGAAUCUAAUUAAAAGGAUUCUUUGUGGAGGGAUGAGCACUAGAUGCAUGAAUCUGCUUAAAUCAUCCAUUUUUUAGUUUUGGGAUUGAUUUUAGGUCUAAUUCUUAGAGAAUUCAGUAAAAAGACAAGGUAAAUAGGUUUAUGAAUUAAAUUAGUAUCCCUUAUUCUCCUAUGAUUCUUGCCCUUGGUCUUGUAAUUGGUCUUACAUAAGAUUAUCUUGGUUAUAUAGGAGAUAGUGCUUACAUUUUAUCUAAAAUGCAUCCACAUUUGAUUGUGUUCAUUUUCAUUCCAGUUCUUUUGUUUGAGUCUGCAUUUAACUGUGAUUGGUACACAUUUAAGUACUAAUUAAUAAAUAUUUUGCUUUUGGCAGGACCAGGAUGUGGAUGGGUAUUUAUAUAUAAUUAUUAUAAGGGUGCGAUAUUACUUGGUAUUUGCUUUAAGGUAGUACUAUAAUAUGGGGAUAAUGACAUGAAUUGGUAUGAAGCCUUUACAUUGGGGUCAGUUUUAUCGGCAACGGAUCCAGUGGCAGUAGUAUCACUAUUGAAGGAGUUAGGAGCAAACCCUGCUUUUAAUCAUUUGAUUGAAGGGUAAAGAUAAUAUAUUAUAAAAUAGAGAAGCUUUGCUUAAUGAUGGAGUUGCAAUGGUCUUUUUUAAUGUUUUUAAUAAUGUUUCAAAAGCAUCUAGUGGAAAAGGAGCAGCAGUUGGGGGAGGUGAAAUAGUGUUAACUUUCUUAAGAACAUCAUUCUUAGGACCUAUAAUGGGUGUAAUAUUAGGAUUAUUAGUUGCUCUAUGGACUAGAAGAAUAUUAGGUGAUGAUAUAGAAGUAACUUGGCUAACUUUUGUAUUUACAUAUUUUACAUUUUAUUGGGCAGAAUUUGAAUUUUUUAAGACAAGUGGACUUUUAGCAGUAGUUGGAUUAGGAUUGUUUUGGUGUGCAUAUGCAAAGACAAGAAUAAGAGCAUCAGUAGAACAUUCAGUUCAUGCAGUUUGGGGAUUUGUAUAAUAUAGUUGUGAUACAUUGGUUUUCUUAUUGGUUGGUAUUAUAGUUGGAAUAUAAAUAAUGGAAGAAGAAUUAAUAGUAAGUACUGAUUAUUUUAAAAUGAUUGGGUUCUAUUUCUUAAUGAUUUUGGCUCGAUUUAUAAUGGUGUUAACCUUUUAUCCAUUAUUAAAAUGUAAUAUAAAAAUAUUAAUUUAUUUAAGGUUUCGGUUAUCCAAUAUCUAAGUCUGAAUUAAUAGUUUUAGUUUAUGGUGGAUUAAGAGGUGGAUUAGGUUUAACAUUAUCAUUAAUGGUUGGAUGUGAUUAAGAUCUACCUGCAAGAUUUAGACAUUUAUCUGUUUUUUAUGCUGCAGCUAUGGCUUUAAUUACUAAUAUGGUUAAUGGAACUACUUGUAAAGCUUUAGUUAAAUGUGUUAAAAUGAUUGAUGAACCUGUUGUAAAAAAGAAAGUCUAUAAAAAAUAUUUAGAAGAAUUGAUUGUUGUUUAACAUGAUUUAAUUAAAGAAUUAGAAACUGAUGAAUUUUAUAAUGUAACUGAUUGGAUGACUGUUAGUAAUCUUGUUGGAUAAUAAGAUUUUAUUAAUAAAAUUGAAUAAGUCGAAAAUGAAAUUAAAAAAAAAGUAUAAGAAAAUGGAUUUUAAGAAAUGAUCUUUGAUGGUUUACCCAAUUAAGAUGUUUUAGGGGAAGUUAGAUAUAGAUUUUAUAGAAUUCUUAAAGGAUUAUAUUAUCAUAAAUUUGAAGAAGGUCUUUGUGAAGAAUAAACUGUAAGAAUGUUAGUAGAAUCAAGUGAUGUUGGAUUAGAUAAAUUAAAUUUAAAUUUAGAAAUAUGGGAUGAAUUAUAUAAAAAUUUCAUGAAUCCAUGUAGUGUCAAUUUCUUUUUUAAAAUGAAAUAAUCAUUUCUUAUUGGAUAUUUUGCAAAAGAAUAUUUAAUUAGACAUUUAGGUAUUGUUUAUGAUGUCACAUCUACUUUUAUCAUUUGUGCUGAUGAAGCUAUUAAACUUUCAGAAAACUUUCCAAUGAACAAAGAAGCAAUUUAAGUUAUUUAAGAAGAAUUAAAAAAAGAUAUUGAAAAAGCUCAUGCUUACUUUGGUACUUUAAAUGGUAAUUUCCCUGAAAUAGUAAGAAUUCUAUAAACAAAAAAGGCUUCUUUCUCUAUUCUAACUCAUUCUAUUGAACAUCUUUAAUCAACUUAACGUAAAGGUUUGAUUGAUGAUAAAGAAUACAAAAUCCUAUUGAAAGAUAUUAACAAUAAACUUGUUAAAUUAGAAAGCCAUACUUAUGAAAUGGAAUUACCAUCUUUUCAUGUUAUUGCUAUGUAAUUUCCAAUCUUUUAAGAUAUAUCUUUAAGUGAUUUAGAUCUUAUUAAAAAGGUAGCAGUUGAAAAGAAAUAUUCAAUUGGAUAAAUUAUAUAUUCUAAAGGAGAUCCAUGCAAUGAAUUAUACAUUGUUAUGAGAGGCUAUGUUGUUAAUGAACAUAAUGGAAUACUUAUUACUAAAGGAUUAGGAUCCUUAAUUACACAUUAAAGUCUAAUUGUUGAAGGUGUUCAUAUGAGUUCUGCUAAAGCUGUUGUUGAUUCACUUCUUUAUGCAUUACCUACAAAAGUUAUUAAAGAUAUCAUGAUCAAAAAUUCAGAAUUUGAAUUCAAAGUUUAUUUACAUUCACUUGGUAUUCAAUAUAUAUAUAUAUGUUUAGAAUAUAUUAGAAAAUGGUAUGAAAAUUAAGUUGGACCACUUGCAUAAAUGGAAUUAAAAAGAAUGAAUGAGUUUGUUAGAAAUAAAUGUAGAUUAAUUAAAUUAACUACUUUAAGUUAAUAAGAAUUUACUAAUGGAGGUUUCUUAUUUUCUGGAGAGUUAAAAGAUCCUAAAAAUAAUGUAAUUAAUAAAUAUGAGUAAGGCUCUUUUUCUAUAUUCUUAUAGUUAUAUUGCUCCAGCUGAAGGUCAAUUUACUGCUGCCGCUAAUUCUAUUUGCUUUAUCUUUGAUGAAUAAAUAGAGGCCCUAUAAUAAAAGAGAAUGAAAGAACUUAAGUUAGAUAGUCAAAGGGAUUAAGAAAUUUAAGAAAAAUAUUCAGAAUUCAAAAGCAGAAGAAAUUCAAUCAUGGAAUUGAGUAAAAUCAAUAUUACCUGAU